AUGCCAGAGAUCCUGCUUGCGGAGCUGGGUCCGCGGCGGAGUUCUCCGGUAGCGCGAAGGGGAAGGAGAAGUAUUUCGUUUGGAGAACCUCCGGCGAACCGCGUGUCACUGGUCCUGUCUGAUUUAUUACCCGCAGGAUCGCAUUACAGGGGAAUUUCAAAUCCUGUAACAACAUCCAAGAUCACAUACUUUAAAAGGAAAUAUGUGGAAGAAGAGGAUUUUCAUCCGCCGCUCAGCAGCUGUACGCAUAAAACAAUCUCUGUGUUUGAGGAGCGGGCCCAUAUUCUUUACAUGUCUUUGGAAAAGCUGAAAUUCAUUGAUGAUCCUGAAGUCUACCUGCGGAGAUCUGUCCUCAUCAACAAUCUCAUGAAGAGAAUCCACGGAGAAAUCAUCAUGCAGAACAACUGGUGCUUCUCCGCCUGCUCCUUCGGUGGCACCUCGCCACCAGAGUGGUUCGUGCCUCAGGACUGUCCGUACAGAAAACGCCUUCGGAUGGCAAAGGAGGAGUACGAGAAGCUCCACACAUGCUGCUUCUAUCAAGAGUGUGGCAGCCACUAUUUAAAUCUACCCUACUCUGUUCAUGCUAGUACCGAAAAUACCUCCUCCUCCUCCUCCUCCUCCCCCCCCAUUUCUUUGCCAAGCUGUUCCCAGCAGGUGGAUUAUGACAUUGGCAGUGCCUCUUCUUACAGGAGUGAUGACCAGAUACCUGCUAAUGAAAUAUUCAUCACUAAUGCCAGGUCUCACAGGCAUCAGGAAAAGGCAAAAUUUAAUGAUGAGAAAGGAGGUAAUGAACCUGAGUGCGAGAGCGUCGCUCUAAACUGUGAACCUGUAAGCGGCACCCAUGCUCUCGAAUGUAAAGGCAAAUUUUAUGACUAUUUCGAGACUGGAUGUAAUGACAAGAGCAACUUAAGUGAAUCUUGGAAAAAAUCCUUAAGGAAAAAGGAGUCUUUACCAAGUAAUAAAAUGUGCUGCAGCAAAGGAAGUAAAAUAUGA